UCCAUUGCGCGUGCGCACUUUCGCCCGCCGUGUUCCUCGGAGUGAAGCGGUUGCCCCGAGCAGCCGGAUUGUUUACAUCCGGGCAUUUCCCACUCUCCUCGCCUCCUUCCGCCUUCUCUUGCCUCUCCCAAGAUGGCUACCAUAACAGAACUCAAAGCAGCCCUAAAGGAGGCACUGGAGAAGCGGGGGGCCCUGGCCUCGGUCAAGGCUAUGCUGCGGGCUGAAGUCUUCUCCGCACUGGACGACCAGACAUUGCAGCGUCCCCCUUUGACCCGGGAGAACCUCCUCCUCAACGAACUUAUCCGGGAAUACCUGGAGUUCAACCAGUAUAGAUACGCCGCCUCUGUUCUCAUUGCCGAAUCCGGCCAACCAGAGGUUCCCUUGGACCGAGAGUUUCUGGUGAAAGAACUCAAUGUUGUUGAAGAUCCUAGCAGCCGAGCCGUGCCACUGUUAUAUGGAAUUAUAACCCAGCUGUUACAGAGAAAUGAAGAAAAGGAUACCUUUCAAAGAGCAUCGACUUCACAGUUUUCAAAGUGGAACCUCGGCAAACCAAUGGGGUCUGUUUUGGGACUAGAGCAUCCUGGGGCCGGACUGAGGGCCAGGGAUCCCUUGCCUUCACCUAAAGACCUAAAGAGAGGAAACCCACAGGAGCAGCUAUGACCUAAAAAAGGUUUCUGUGGCCACCCGGUUUGGCAAAAGCAGGGGUCAGGGCCAUUUCAGACAUUGCAAUCAAUAAAAAUAAAAACACCAAACCACUGUAAAGGUA